GCGAGGCGAGGCCACCUGUCCGCGGGGACAGCAAGGCCGGGACGGGGGGCGAGGCGGAGGGACGGUGUUGGCGUCACCGCGCACCGUCAGGGCCCGCGGGGAACCGGAAAGAAGGGCGAGGCGGGAGGACGGACGCCGACCCCGAGCCCUCGCAGGGUCGUGCCGGGGACCCCAGACGCCGCGCGCCCCGACGUGCUCCUAACGCGGUUGCACGGCCCCCCGGGUUUUCUGCACUCUCGUUGAAAAAAAGAAAGGCCUGGUAGAAUCAGCGGUGACACAACGCCAGGGCUUCUGCCACUCUCUCCGCUUCCUGUCCUCUCUUCCCCUGAUCCGGAUUUCCGGGGAGGAAGGCGGUGCCGCGCGGCGACGUCCCCGACGUUCUUCUCAACAGCCGUGACAGGUCCCCCAGCGUAGCACCUUCAGGCGCUCGGGGAGAUGACCCCUCCGCAGAGUUAUUUUCCUCUCCCAGGACGUGCCGUCUCCUCCGCCUGGUGGAACCUGCAGCCCUGGGCGCCCUCUGAACUCAAACCCGCUUCGCAUGCGUCACCGGCCGUCCCCAAGGCCGAGUGACGGCCGCAUACAGAGAAGCGCCCCGUGACGGUCUCAUCACAUUAUCAGUUUAAAGAGGUGACGUGUACGCGUCAAAAAAAAAAAAGUCACAACGGGCUUGUUAAGAUGAAUGAUUAACAGGCGGUAAUUCAAGUUUUGCCGAUAACGCGCCUCCCAGACCGACCUCUCCUCAGUAAAACACAGGUCUCACACAUCCUUGCAUUAGCCCUUCGCAGAAAGAGAGAAAACGCAUAAAACCAAGGGUCAUCUCUGAGAAAGUAGACGUUGCUCGUAGAACAUAUGCUAAAGAUAUUACAAAUCGAGAAAACAAUGGGAAAGAAUUUCAGAGGCGUGAGAAAAUUAUACAUGAUGGAUUAACCACAUUAACAUUGAUGUCAGACAGACCUGGGCUGAGACCCAGCUGUGCCACCGAGUGUGACCUUGAAGGAAAUUGCUCAGGCCUAGUUUCCUUGGGUCUAAAUGGGAAAAAUAACAUUGUCAUAGAGUUACUGUGAGCAUGAAAGUGCUCACUGGACUAUUCCUGCUUCCCUCUGUUUAGGCAGAGCUGGGCCGUCUCAUGAUUCACUUCCAGAAUUUGUGAUUUCAGUUAACUCAGGGAAAAUGACAGACCUAGGCAAGAUUGUGUAGAAGUAUAGUUGUGUAACUCCCAACAGUGAGGUAAACCCAGGAGUGCCUACUAGGUGAGGUCAGAUCAGUCAGGUGUUAGGUCAUGGGAUUCUGACCACUGCUUCUGAACCCCAGCAGUAGGGGAAUGCCUCGAGAGGGGGCCUGUCUGCAUUGGGGGUGGUACCCAGCCUGUAGGUUCCUGAAGGGCAGAAUUGUAAACACAAUUUCCACUUCUAUAUGAUAGUAAAAGGAUUUCCCAAGUUAACAAGAAGUCCCGAGCAGUGUGGGUGAAUUAACAGAGUUGCUCUAAAGAACUAAUUUUAACUCGGAAAAGUUGUAAAUCGGUAUUUUUGUAUCAAAGUGCAAAAAGAAUACUUUGCUUAGCAGCAUUCCACCAGGAUGUCAAUAGUCACAAAAUAAAGAAAAAUUACCAAGUGUGUUCUAAUGUCAGAGCCCACACAGUGACAGCUUCCAGAAUGAAGGAGUAGUCUCCAUAAACAGUAAGUUGUGGCCUGAUGAAGUGUCGGAGUGAGCACGGAAGCGGCAUGUGUGCCAGACACGGGCCGGAUGCGAGCGACCUUUAGUUACGGAGCAAGGUGUUUAUCUUUAGUACCGUGUACAGGGUGGGCGCACAGUCAGCCUUCUCCUUUGAAAGCAUGAAAGGUGUUAGAAGUCAGACAUACUUACGUUUAUCAACAAGCCAUUGGCAUAACCUUUCUGAAAGUGCCAAUCAUGGUAAUCCUCGGAAUUAUGUACUUUGCGUCAGGCACUUCUCUAAAGCAUUUCUGUGUAUUUUUCAUUUUAGUCAAAUGACAGUCCUGUGAGGUAGAUGUUAUCUUCCCGUAUGAGAAAACACAGGCACAAGGUAAUAACUAGGCCAAGUUACACAGGGAGUGGCGGGGUUGGGCCUGGAAGCCGGGCAGUAGAGCCCAGAGCCCACGCACCCUGCGACACUUAGACACAAACUGAAGGAAAGAUGUAAAACUCCGAGUAUUAGAGGAGAAGCAUUUGAACUUUUUCAUCGGCCCAAACGGAACCCGUCCACCCAUUCGACAGUAACCCCGUUGCCCCUGCCCCAGCUACCCACCGCGCUCCUUCCUCUGUGUGAACCUGACUGCUGCAGGUGUCUCGUGUAGGUGGAAUUACGUGACAGUUGUCCUUUUGUGACCGGCUGGUUUCACUUCCUAUGUUUUCAAGGACCGUCCGUGGUGUGCCACGUGGUCAGAAUUUCGUUCCUUUUCAAGGUCGAGUAAUUGUACGUGUAAACCACAGUUUACCUUUGCACCUGUUGACGGACACGGGUUAUUUCUACCUUUUGGCUGUUGUGAAUAGCACAGCUAUGAACGUGGGUAUAUAAAUACCUCUUCGAAUUCUAGCUUUUAUUUUUGGAUAUAUCCUCGGAAGUGGGAUCGAUGGAUCAUAUGGUGAUUUUGUUAUGACCCCGCUUUUAAGGAACGUAAAACGUCACGGAAAAACAGGAGAAGCUCAGAAAAAUGAGUCACGGCAAACCAGCAAGGUACUCGUUAGCGGGCGGUACCAGUAUUUUUUAAAAACCAAAAUAGAAUAGAUAAUAUCGGAGCACAGCACAUCUGGUGAGAAGUAGGUAUUUUAUGACAUUUGCUGUCAAUCGUACAUUUACGUGUAUGUGCGUACUGGGUUGGAACACACUUGAAUUUCCUGAUGAUACAGUGAGUCCGUAGAACGGGGCUGUGCCAACCUACUGAUAAUGAGAAGCUUUAGACAUUUCAGUCAUCAAUUAUACAGGCUGGAGCGUAGCAGAAGACCAUCUGAGGCAGAAUCUUGCCUUCUGCUGACCCGUGAUACAUCCGAUUUGUCGAGCAGAGCACUGUGUACUGGGUGCCAGUCCCAGAGGAGGGCCCGCUGCAUCUCGAUACCGGGGUCUCCACGCACUGGGUGGAACUAUACUCCCUACAUGGGGAGGAGACAGUGUGACGGCUUCAGUGCCAGGCGUCAGUCCCCCAUGGCCAACGGGUCUCUCCCAGUGGCCAGCACAAGACAGUCCCCUCCCCUCAGAGGACAGAUGUAACAGUGGGGUGGGCCACACGAUGCUCACGCUUGAAGCAGAAACAAAGGAGCAUUCACUGAGCCUGACAGAGGAGAAGAUGUCCCCAGUACAAGGCGACAGCCUGGCACAGGCCAUGGGGGGCUCUUUGUCUCUUGGUAAGGAAGGUUCCAGGCCCAGGCCCACCCUUCUGCGUGCGACUCAGUGGGGGUCGAAAGGCUGUGCACGUGGGACCGCCUUUCCCAACAGGGUCGAUGGCCUAAAAUCAAACUGUGUCGCUUUAAUUUCCUCGUUAUCAAAAACUUCAGUAAAGGAGAACUAAUUUUUCAUUAGCCGAAGCUCUGUGAUGCUUAGUACUGUUUAAAGUGUUUUGUGUCAAGAGCUAAAAACCAAUUAUUUACAAUAUGUGUUCUUCAAUGUUUCAUAGUUUUCUAUUAAGUGAUGCAGAUUUACAAGACUGUGUUUACACCUCGUGCAUGUGUGUAACUUUGAUUCUGGAGAGAAUCCAGCUCUUAAAUCCAGUGUUUGGGGACCGGGGACAGCAAAUCAGGCCUCUUCAGUUUCCGGAUGAAGGCGGUUUCUUUGCACUCACAAACAAUUCUAAUCCUUCAGAAUUAUUAAAAACACAUUAAAAAAUCCAAUGUCAGGGGAAGUUUUCAUGAGCUUAGGUUCCCUCUCGAUCUUUGCUUGUUUUCCCCCAAUAAUGAGAUAUUUCCCUUAGCCGAUGAUCAUUCAAAUAAAAUACACAUUCAAAAGUACUGAAUGUUCAUGGCUGUAAUGAGCUUAUUACAGAAUACGUGACAGAAAAGUAGUUAUAGAUAAGGAAGAAAAUGGCUUGUUCUCAUCAUUAAAUAUGUUAUUGUACUGUCACAUUUAAAAGUACCCUCGGUGAAAUGCAGACUAGCAAGUAAUUCUUGAUGUGCAGCUGUCCUUUGAGUGUUAUCAAUAAGUGCGAAUCAUGAAAAAUGUCAUGCUUUGCUCCGAGUCUAAAAAGCUCAGAAUUAGCUUUUUAAUUCCAGCUAUUUUAGAGACGAGCGAGUGAUUUUGACUUGUUUUUCCCUCUCUCUCUCCUAAUUUAAUUUCGGUAAUUAAAAAUUGCAUGUACAAUUUAUUUCAUUUUUCAAUUAAUGUUCGAAGUGCAUUUAUUCUCAAAAGAAGACUAUCGAUGGCUGUUCUAUUUUUCAGUGCUUUUCCCCCGACUUCGAACUCCAGUUCCAACAGUAAGAGCUUUUGUCACCAACCAGCCCUCGCAUCAAGUGGCAGGUCCCGUGUGGAACCUGGGUCGACUCAACCAUGUGGCCAUAGCAGUGCCAGACUUGGAAAAGGCCAAGGAGUUCCAUAAGAGUGUUCUGGGGGCCCAGGUCAGCGAGCCGGUCUCUCUUCCGGAACAUGGAGUGUCUGUCGUUUUUGUCAACCUGGGAAAUACCAAGGUGGAACUCCUUCAUCCUCUGGGAAAUAACAGUCCGAUUGCAGGUUUUCUGCAGAAAAACAAGGCCGGAGGGAUGCAUCACAUCUGCAUUGAGGUGGAUGAUAUACACGCAGCCGUGAUGGAUCUGAAAGAAAAGAAGAUCCGCAUUCUGAGUGAAGAGGCCAAGAUAGGGGCCCAUGGGAAACCGGUGGUCUUCCUGCACCCCAGAGACUGCGGCGGCGUCCUCAUCGAGCUGGAGCAAGCCUGACUUGCGUCUGCAAGAACCACUCGCCGGAGAAGCUCAGCACAGUGUACUGUGGCCUCGAGUCCGCUGCUGCUGUCACUUAGAAGCUCGACGUUAAAGACUAAGUUACAGAAAGAGAUCAAAGAGUUAUAUAUAUUUGUGGGGGGGGGGCGGUGGAGGAUGGAGAGGAAGGGAGGGGAAGAGAGGGGUACACAAAGACGUUAAGAAAGGACACCUGACAGCUGCGUGGCUACGUAUUUGGGACACAGUGGUUUCUCAGGGUGUUAUGGAGACUUUUUUAGAGCAGACUGUGUAAGGUCAAGGCAUUUUGAUCUCGAAACUUUUGCUCUUCUGGAAAGACUCGUGUUCACGAGUUCCUCAAAGCAGGCGUUUUGGCUGCCAGUGCUAGACGUGGGAACGGGCAGUUUUAUGGAAAACUUGGUGCACGAUCUCUUGGGUAUAUAGAUGGCUGAAUUUUUAAAAAAUCAGACAUCGAGAGGGCAGUGAAUUUGUAGAGUCACCUAUCAUUCAAGUGCUAGAACACAGCAGGCCCUAGACGAGGAUGUAAAAUGAAUAAAAACAUCGGCAGGAAGCUCAUGGUCCGGUGGGGAAAACUACUUCGAAAAAUAAAUGUAAAUGCUUACAAAACAACACGGAUGAGCUGGAGGACGAAAAGGAAGGGAGUGUAGGUCUCAGCAAGGGCUUAGAGGCACGCCAGGUCUUUGGUCAGACUCCCAAGUGUAAUAGCGAUGAGUGCCAAACGAUUUCAAGAACCACAGAUGGUGUGCAGAGUGCAUAGUGUACGGGAAAGCGGUUAAGGUCAAGUUCAGCGAUGACCGGAUGUUGAGGACGUGAGGAGGUGGGUACACAUCGAGCUUGUGGAAGACAAGUAUGACACCUCGUUGUACUUGUCAUUAAAAGUUAAAAGCAAAAUGUG